AUAAAGCUGGCAUGUAUUUAUCAACUUUGUUUAUUACAUGUGCAAAAGAAACAGCACGCUUUUAACAGUGCUCGUCUUAUUCAGGUUUGAUACAUUUAAAACAACAUACACGCGUCACAGCAUAAGAAGAAGAAGCUAAAGAGAAGAGGAAGAAAACGCACAGUACAGAUAACUUGCUGAUGAAACAAGUGUACGCCGUUUAUUUCAGCAAAGUGCAGAAAUGACGACAACACAAAACCUGCCCCAUUCCAGUUCCAAAAGAAUUAAAAUGGUUUCCCUGGUUAUGUUAAUACUUAUCCUCCCUGUUUGCCUCGCUGACAGAGCUCAAGAGACGUCAGCCCUUGCGGUUACGCAGAAUGACGGCAUGGAUGAGGAUGUUCAAGUAGAUGAUGACCUGGACCCUGAAGAUCUGGAAGUAUUUCAGCCUACAAAUCAAUGGCAGUCUCUCAAGCCAGGCCAAGCAGUUCCUGCAGGAUCCCACGUGCGUUUGAACCUCCAGACCGGAGAGAGAGAAGCCAAGCUACCUGACAGCAUACAAGAGACCACUGGACUAAAUAGGAAAAAGGUCACGGCUAAAGACUCGAACUCCUUUUCAGCUCAAGAGCUCAAGGAGGCUCUGAAAAAGUUAAAAGAAGAGGCAAUCAGCUUGGCAGAUGAGGAGGCACAGGCAGCUGUUCGCUCCCAAUAUCGUCCACUGGAGGAACUAAAAAAAGACCUGGAAGAUCUGAGUGCAAUGAUGGAGACUGAUUUUCAAGUCAUGACAAGGCUUGUGCAGCAGUUUAAUAAUUCACAGGCCUCUCUGGAAGAAAAGGUCACUGCACUUCUUGAUCUUGAGUACCUUGUGCAUCAGGUUGAUAAUGCUCAAGAUUUGAUCUCUCUUGGGGGCCUGCAAUUGAUUAUCAAUACACUUAACAGUUCUGAGCCCAUCUUGCAAGAGCAUGCUGCCUUUGUACUUGGUUCUGCUGUCUCUAGUAACCCACGGGUUCAAGUGGAAGCAAUGGAAGGAGGAGCGCUGCAGAAACUGCUUCUUUUACUAGGUACUGAUCAGCCUCUGCCUGUCAAGAAGAAGGCACUCUUUGCUUUGGCCUCCCUUCUACGUCACUUCCCCUUUGCACAACAGCACUUCUUGAAGUUGGGGGGAUUACAGGUGCUGACGGCAUUAUUUCGUUCUCGUGGGAGUGAGUCCCUGCGUGUGCGUGUAGUCACUCUGCUGUAUGACAUGAUCAUUGAGAAGGAGCUAAUCUCGCAGUCUGGACUGGAUGCUGUCCCAGAUGCCUCUCAUGAAGAGCGGCUGCGGCAGUACUCUCAGGUAGCACUUCUGCCCCUGUUGUCUGAGCAAGGCUGGUGCAACCUCGUCCCUGAACUGUUGGCCUCCCCAGAGCAUGACAUGCGUGAGAAGGCUCUGCGUUCCAUCCUUGUAAUAAUGACGCCAUGCAGAGACUUCUACCGCCAGGAUAGUGGGCUGGCCAGCUUUUUAACUUCCAUCCAAGAACAGUACACUGCACUAGCAGAAAGUGAGCGGGAGCACGGAGAAGACGAUGGCUACUUUGGUGAACUGCUGGCAUUGGUUGAAAGUGUUCUUGGAAAGCUGAGGUAACACUGGACAGAUAGACUUUUGUCACAGAAGAUGGGGUCACAAAUUUGGAAAUGCAAGAGUUCUCUGCAAAUGUUACCCCUUUAAUGAUAAUUAAUUGUUUAUACGUUUAAAUAAUGUUGAUGAAGCUGACAUUCAGUUUCAUCCACAUUAGUUUUUUGAGGGAGUGUUCGUUUCUGAGGUUUGUCGCAGUCUGUCCAUCAUUAUACACAACAGAGAAAACACCAAACGUGGUGAAUGCUGCUCAUACAUGUGCCCAGUGCAGGGAGUAUAGGGAACAUGGAGUGCUUUUAAUGAAGUAAAACCAAUGAUGUGCACCACUAAGACUUGUACCAGAAUCCCUCCCUGUGUGUGUGUGUGUGUGUGCGUGUGUGUGUGCGUGUGUGCGUGCGUGCGUGCGUGCGUGCGUGCGUGCGUGCGUGCGUGCGUGUCAGUAACUUGCUGUAUUGGUCACACACUUCUUUUCACACUCAUGUCUUUACCUGGUCACCCUUAUUCUUGUCAGUGAACCUUUGACAAAACUUGGCUGUGAAAUUGAGACUGUGGAUUGAAAGACUGAAGACCUUCUUUGAGGAUCUUAAAUCACUAAAAAGAGUAGUGAAUGCAAUCUCCAUUAAAGUAACAUUGUGUUGUCCAGACAUAAUCUAGCUGUAGUUCCCUUAUGGGUGUUAUUCCCAUUUCAUGAUUUUAAAUUGCUGCACUCCAGAACUGCCAUCACAGCCCUGUGGUCAACUUUAAACUACAGCGUAAAGUAGCAGUCGUACACUUGACCCAUGGGAGACCAAAUCCUGGUCAGUUACCCCUAUGACUGUAUGUGAAACGGUCUUCACCUUCAACUUUUGUUUUGGGAGCUUAUGCUUUUAUUUAUUCACCAAAUCAGAGCAGCUUUCUGGUCCAUUCUGUAAAGUAGAUUUUAUAACAAAACCAGAAUUACAUUAAGGCCAUAGAAAUAAUCAGCAGGUUUUUAACCAAAAUGUCUUCAUUCAAAAAUUCUUCACGGUUUGUGCAGAACCUUUCAGUAAGAGGGAUUCAUGGUGUUCAGAUGUGACAUUUUGGUUAUAUGGGAGGCUGAUAUCCUGUCAUCAAAUGAAAUCAGAGAAAACGUGGAUUGUGGAUUUUUUCAGUGUGCAUUUCCUUGUGUUGGAGAUGCUUGAAAACCCUGGAUUAGUCUAUGUAAUUAAUUUGCUUUAUUCCGGUUUGUGGCAAUCGGUUGUAUGACUUCUUUUGCUUUAAUAAAUUAUGCUGUGCUUGA